AUGUGACCCUACCUGGCGCGGGGGAGGGGCCGCAGGUGAGCGGCGGAGCGCGGAGCUCGGCACGCGGCGGCCGCGGGGCUCGGCAGCAUGUCGGUCAGCAGAAAGGACUGGUCCGCGCUGUCCAGCCUGGCCCGGCAGCGGACUUUGGAGGAUGGAGAACAGGAGCGUGAACGCAGGCGGAGGCAUCGCAACCUGAGUUCAACCACGGACGAUGAAUCUCCAAAACUUACCCAGAAUGGAGCUCAGAGACCUGUGGAGAGGCUGCCCAGCGUGGAGGAAGCAGAGGUUGUCCCCAAGCCAACACCCCCAGCCUCCAAAGAUGAAGAGGAGGACUUCCAGGCCAUCCUGAGGACUCGGAAGGAACGGAGACAGAGGCGGCAUGUGGUAGAGGCUGUCCAGACCCCGGCGCAGGAGAGGCUGGAGGCGGAGGGGGAAAGGGACACCGGCCCCGAGCAGACCUCUCCGCAGCCCCUUGUGCCUAAGAAGAAAGCAGAGCCCCUGCCUCGCCGGAGAUUGAGUCGGGAGCAGCGAGGCCCUUGGGCCCAGGAAGAAGAGCACCCAAAGGACAGAGAGCCUGGGGAAGGGGAAAAGGAUCUUCCAGAGGAGGCAGGGGCCCAGCAGAAGACCCCCUUCUCUGAGAAACUGCCUGUCCCAGAGAAAACUCCGGUGCCUACCAAGAGACUGGCUCCGGAGAAAGCCUGCCCCUCAGAGAAGGGGGCGGCCACAGAGAAAGCACCCCUGACUGAGAAGAAACGCAGCCCAGAGAAGUUGGUUCCGGAAAGCGCGAGUGUGUCAGAGAAGUCGACGGUGCCCGGGAAGACACUCGUGUCUCUGAAGACAGCGGCACCAGAGAAGAGGUCCCCUCCGGUUCUAGAAAAAGCCAUCGUCUCUGAGAAGAUGCAGGAGAGGAGGCUGGUGUCCGAGAAGGCAUCCAUCUUCGAGAAGUCACUGGUCUCAGAGACGAAGCUGACUCCGAAGAAGGCAGCAGCCUCAGAGCAGCCCCAGGCCCCUGGGGGAAGCCAGGCCGCCACAAGGGAGCCCAGAGGGAGGGCCGUCCCUGGGAAGAGCCCACCUUCCUCUGCAGAGCAGGGCACAGCAGACCCUCCGACUAAGGCUUCUUGCUUUCCACCCAUCACACUCCAGGUAAAAAUUCCCAGCAAGGACGAAGAGGCAGACACACCCUCACCUACCCUGUUCACCUUCAGCAGUUCCCUCAAACGCUCCAGCCCCAGGACCAUCUCCUUUCGGAUGAGCCCCAGGAAAGACAACUCAGAAACAACCUUGACCCGCAGUGCCAGUGUGAGGCUGCCGGCUAGCACACUGAAGCUAGGAGAGAAACUCGAGAGAUACCACACAGCCAUUCAGAGAUCCGAAUCCGUCAGGUCUCCAGGCUCCUCCCGCACUGAGGUCCUCGUGGCUCCUGCUGGUGUAGCCAGCAAGCGCCACCUCUUUGAGAAGGAACUGGCAGGCCAGAACCGUGCAGAACCAACCAUCCGAAAGGAGAAUCUGCGACUGUCAGGGGUUGUGACAUCAAGACUUAACCUGUGGAUCAGCAAGACCCAGGACUCCGGAGACCAGGGCCCUCAGGAGGCACAGAAAGAGGCGUCCGUCACCAGGAGGGCUCAAUGGGCAAACAAGUCGGCCGUGUCCCUGGAUGCGGAGGUGUGACAAGCCCUGCCAGAACAGCCCUGCAGACAUGUACCCCAAGGGCCUUUCUUCAUGCCACCCUGAGGCACUCCUGACUCUUGAUGUCCCCAUUCCCUUUCUGCCCCUCAGCCAGUCUGGUCAGGGCCCCUGGGGGCCAGGAACAUGAAUGACACUCCUCUGGCCCCUCCCCAGCCCUGCCUUGGGGGUGGAUAUGCUCUGGAGCUUUCUUGCCCUGCUGCAGGCACAAUAGAUCCUGAACCCAGAAGGACCCAGAUCAUAGCCCUGGCACAUCAGCCAUGGAGUCUCCAUGUCCUGUCUAGAGACUGCCUCUUCCUCCUGCUCACUUCCGGCAUCAGGCUGGGUGGUUUUGCCAACUCCAGAGUUAUCUGUCCUGCCUGCUCCCAGCAGGUACUCUGUGUGCCCGUGAUGUUCCCCAAACUAAGUCCUAGACCUAGUCACUGCUCCCGGGGGCUUUUUCAAGCCAGACAGGAGAGGAGUCACCAGGCGCCCACUGCCCAUGUGCUGCAACUCCCUGCUUUGCCCCCCCAAAACCCUCCCCUUAUCCGGAGCUCAGUGCCUUUUUGUAUUACCACCAGUCUUACUCACUCAGAAAACUUUUCUCAGGAAGGAUCUGAUAAACUCGUUCAUCCUCAGGCGUAAGUGGCUGGUGAUGUUGAUGGGUUUGUCCUCACCGGCUCUGCUUUCCUUUGGGGUCAGCUGCAGAGAGAGGUGGAUCCCCAGCUUCGGUGGAAGGAGAAUCACGCUCCUUGUUCCCAUCUUCUCUCAUAUUAAGACGUUAGGCUUGUCUUCAGUGGUCCUAGCUUGGUGACUUAAUAGUACAGAACUGGGGGCUGGAGAGAUGGCUCAGCAGUUAAGAGCCCUGGUCGCUCUUCCAGGGGAACCGAGGUUCGAGUCCCCAGCACUUACAUAUCAACUGACGGAUGUCUGACACUCCAGUUUCAGGGGCUCUGUGGGCACCGCGUGCACAUGGUACAUAGUCAUCCAUGUAAGCAGAGCACACACACAAUAAAACUUCACCCCAUCUUUCUC